AUGGAGACUAACGGCGACGGCGGCGGCGGCGGUACCGGCGGAGGAAGCAGCAGCAGCGAUAGCAAGAGGAGCGAAAUAGGAAAACCAAUCAUAGGCAUGGUUUGCGGUACGCUGGUGUACUACCACUGCGCGUAUCGGAAUUCAAGCCUUCUCUCCCUCCUCUCCGACGUCCUCAUCGUCCUCCUCUGCUCCCUCGCCAUUCUCGGCCUUCUCUUCCGCCAAUUGAACAUCUCGAUUCCUGUGGAUCCACUGGAGUGGCAGAUCUCUCAGGACACUGCUAAUAGCAUCGUUGCGUGGUUUGCUAACACCGUAGGAGCAGCUGAAUCUGUGUUGAGGGUUGCAGCGACUGGACAUGACAAGAGGUUAUUCUUCAAGGUUGUAAUCUGUCUCUACACGCUAUCGGCAUUGGGACGAGUGGUUUCAGGGGUCACAGUUGCAUAUGCUGCAUUGUGCAUGUUCUGCCUCUUCAUGCUGGCUGACAACUCGGAAACAUGCAGCAGUUGUCUCUCUUGGUUGCUGGGCCGAAGCAACAGCACUUCUGCAGAAUCAGAUAGCUAA